CUACCUCCAUUUCACUACGUCCAACCUUAAAUUUGUGAAUUAUUUAUUUAUUUUAUUUUUGUUAUCAUCAACUUAUUAUUAUCAUUAUAAUAUUGUUUGACUAAAUUCUGCAAUUCACCAUCCUAACAAAAACAAAGUUGAAACCAUAUAUCAGCACGCACUGAUUGCACUCCUAUAUAUAUAUAUGCUAAGUCAUCCUUUUUCAUUUCAAAUAUACUCACAAGAGAAAUGGCUGCAAGCAAGGGAAUGGAGCUAGAAGAACAUUUGGUGGAUACAAAUGAAGAAGACAAUGGUGAUGAAAAUUUAAGGACAUUGUUUCUUAAAGAGCUGAAUCUCAUUCUAAUUCUCUCGUUUCUUUCGUUAUCAUCUGAAGAACUUGAUUUUGAUGCAACGGAGAUAAAUGAAAGCGGCAAAGCUAACCAAGAACACAAAGUUGUUUCUGAUCCGCGUUUCAGAAAACGGGGUGGAAUCAAUAAAUACAGGGCCGUUGAACCAGAAACUCAGAGACACUCGACCAAGUUUAGAGACUGCAGGCAUUGCCUAAAAAUGUGAAGGAAAUCAACAUCCAGCAAAGUUAGCUAGCAGCAAGAGAUGUUACCAAAAGGUUUCCAGCAAGGCCAUAGAAGCUAUCCUCAUAGUAGUAUGUUAUUUGCAUUAAAAGAUGAAUGCAAGAGACAGAUACUCUUUUUUUUUUCUUCAUGUAUCCGAAAAUCGUAUAAAUUUAUCCGGUAAAAUACUCCUUAUCAAAGAAUUCUCCAUUCUCAAUCUCAAAA